AUAUUUGGGUUGAUUCCCGGCACUGUUACUUUAUUUGAGGUCUGAUAAGAUGCUAUUUCAAAUCCAAUUAAGAUAUUUUGAUUUUUCCCUGCAAAGGCCAAAAGUGUAAGACAGGUUUUCGUUUCAGACGGAAAAAGUGGAAAUAAUUAUAAAUAAACCUCGUUUUAAUCAUCAAUGCAUUACUCACUGGGGACUCCGACUCAUUUUGAAAGUAUAACAGAGUAUAGUAGAGAGAUAAAAUCAACAAUUUUAUGGUGAGAAUCGAUUUUGAUCGCACAUAUCAACAUUCUUUUAGAUUUCAAAAGACUUGUCUUAUUAACGCCGCAACCAUUCUACCGUGAUAAUCUUUCCUUCCUUACUACAUAGUUUCUACACAGUGGAAACUGAUAUUACCGGUAAUUAUUGAAUGGAACGAUUAGAGAACAGAAACUCAGGAAGACACGAAAAAAAAAGUUCCCUAAAGCUGUUUCCCUCUGAAUCGAAAUCGUUCAUCUAUUUAUCUAUUUUUGUCACUUAUGGUUUGACAAAGGAAAGCGAUAAUAGCCUUUAAUUGAAACUGUCUGGGGAAACAGCAGGGUAUAUAACUAGUACAGUGCGACGGCUACCGCUCAUUCACUUCAUCCACCCGCCCUGGUCAGAUUAUCGCAGUUCAGAAUGGAGAAUCCACAGAAUACGAAGAGGGGCUCUUCUCCUCAGACACCAGCUCGGUUGAUCUAUUUCUGCGUUUUCUUGUCAAUCGUUGUUUGUCUAUCUUUUGUAUUAAGCGUGUACUCUUUCAAGCGCGUGUUGUCGCUUGAUAAAGAAUUUCACUCAAGAACUGAGUUGAAAGCUAAAGAAGAAGAACAAGUCGCCAGUUCAGAUAGAAACGUGGCUGAAGGAAAGGAGGUGGAUAAAUACGGCAGCAGGAAACAUCGCUCUCAACUCCCAGGCGAACGACAAUCCUUGAUUCCUGAAAGCAUACUUCUUUAUGGCAAUGGAAAAAGAUAUGCACUGCAGAAAACGGAUGUCGUCACGCAAUGGACCAAGGCAAACAAAAAUGGAAACAAGAUUGCUUAUCGUUCCAGUGUAGGCCGCGUCGAGGUGAUGAGAGAUGGGCUGUACUUCAUUUACAGCCAAAUGUGCUUUUCUGGAAACAGAAAUCAGGACACGGCUGGCCAUCGCAUUUUUAUAAACCACGAAGAAAAGAUGACAACCGUGAUUGGCCGACAAGACACAACAGUGGCCUGUCGCUAUCAUGGCGGCGCCUUUUAUCUGCGUGCGCACGACACAAUCGCCGUGAAGCCAACAGCGACUGGUCAAUACUACAUGUCAGCGAAGGGCUCGUUUUUGGGGGUCUUCCUCAUCUAGAGUACCGCGAAAAUCAUCUAGUCUCUUUUCUCUAAUUAGAGUUUACGUUUGCCUUGAUUUUAGCAAGUGUUAAAAUAUUAAGAACGACUAGCAUGUAAGGUGUUAUAUAUGUAGUUCUUAAUUGCGGUCACUUCUUUCCCAAAGCUGUUAAACACCAUGUUAUCAUUAGCAACUUCUAAUGCAAUAGCACAAUAAGAAAAUAAAAACAUUUGAAGGUUUUGUGGAAGUUCA